CAAAAGGCGGCAGCCGAGCCGUGGGCGCCGGGAGCGCGGAACAGCUUGUCCAACCCGCGGCCGGACCAGCUUCUUCUGGGAGAUACUGAGACUGUUCUGGACAAAGAAAAUGGGUACAUGUUGGGGAUGGUGGAGAAGGAAGAGAGGGUAUCACCUUAGCUGGCCAUGAUAUUGCUGUGCCUGAGUUAUGCACCAGGCAAAAAGAGAUGACAAAUAAAAAGUCAGGUUUGCACUUGGACUCAGAGGCCGAAUCUAGGAUAUCUCUCCUAAAAGGACCAUCCAGUACUGGAAAGUCGAUUGAGGAGGAGAGGCUCAUCUAUUGGAUGGGAUUUUCCCAGAGGAGAGGGGCUGGGUGACAGAAAGUGGAUGGAUCCUAGCUGACGUCUGCCAUCCCUUGGCCUGGGAUCCUUGGAAGGACAAGAACAAUCCCCGGGUUCUUCCCUCAUGACCUGGGGAUUGUUCUCUGCAUUGCUCCCGACUUAGUGGAAGUGAAAGGUGUCCAGGGCUUAGGGAUGCAGAAAUGACUCAGAGCUAAGCUACCUAGAUUCAAAUCCAGCUCCAGAGACGAUCACCUUCCCUGCACCUCAGUUUCCACCCCUAACCUGGGCAGUAAAGUAUCCACUGGAGGAGGCUGUUGUGAGAGUGAAAAGGCUUUGGGUCUGAAGUAUCUGUGAGACCUCAUAGAAGAGCACCCCUGGGCUCCACUUACAUGCCCUGUGCUCCUUCAGGGAUGGAGGCAAUGGCAGCCAGCACUUCCCUGCCUGACCCUGGAGACUUCGACCGGAAUGUGCCCCGGAUCUGUGGGGUGUGUGGAGAUCGAGCCACGGGCUUUCACUUCAAUGCUAUGACCUGUGAAGGCUGCAAAGGCUUCUUCAGGCGAAGCAUGAAGCGGAAGGCACUAUUCACCUGCCCUUUCAACGGGGACUGCCGCAUCACCAAGGACAACCGGCGCCACUGCCAGGCCUGCCGGCUCAAACGCUGUGUGGACAUCGGCAUGAUGAAGGAGUUCAUCCUGACAGAUGAGGAGGUGCAGAGGAAGCGGGAGAUGAUCCUGAAGCGGAAGGAGGAGGAGGCCUUGAAGGACAGUCUGCGGCCCAAGCUGUCUGAGGAGCAGCAGCGCAUCAUUGCCAUCCUGCUGGACGCCCACCAUAAGACCUACGACCCCACCUACUCUGACUUCUGCCAGUUCCGGCCUCCAGUUCGUGUGAAUGAUGGUGGAGGGAGCCAUCCUUCCAAGCCCAACUCGAGCCACACUCCCAGCUUCUCUGGGGACUCCUCCUCCUGCUGCUCAGAUCACUAUAUCACCUCUCCAGACAUGAUGGACUCGUCCAGCUUCUCCAACCUGGAUCUGAGUGAAGAAGAUUCAGAUGACCCUUCUCUGACUCUAGAGCUGUCCCAGCUUUCCAUGCUGCCCCACCUGGCUGACCUGGUCAGUUACAGCAUCCAGAAGGUCAUUGGCUUUGCUAAGAUGAUCCCAGGAUUCAGAGACCUCACCUCUGAGGACCAGAUCGUGCUGCUGAAGUCAAGUGCCAUUGAGGUCAUCAUGUUACGCUCCAAUGAAUCCUUCACCAUGGACGACAUGUCCUGGACCUGUGGCAACCAGGACUACAAGUACCGCAUCAGUGACGUGACCAAAGCUGGACACAACCUGGAGCUGAUUGAGCCCCUCAUCAAGUUCCAGGUGGGACUGAAGAAGCUGAACUUGCAUGAGGAGGAGCAUGUUCUGCUCAUGGCCAUCUGCAUCGUCUCCCCAGAUCGUCCCGGGGUGCAGGACGCCGCACUGAUCGAGGCCAUCCAGGACCGCCUGUCCAACACUUUGCAGACCUACAUCCGUUGCCGCCACCCGCCCCCGGGCAGCCACCUGCUCUAUGCCAAGAUGAUCCAGAAGCUGGCCGACUUGCGCAGCCUCAAUGAGGAGCACUCCAAGCAGUACCGCUGCCUCUCCUUCCAGCCUGAAUGCAGCAUGAAGCUCACGCCCCUCGUGCUCGAAGUGUUUGGCAAUGAGAUCUCCUGACUAGGGCAGCCCAAGGCGGUGCCUGGGUGGGGCUGCUCCUCCAGGGCCACGUGCCGGGCCCGGGGCUGGCAGCUACUCAGCAGCCCUCCUCACCCUGUCUGGGGUUCAGCCUCUCCUCUGCCACCUCCCCUGUCCACCCAGCCCAUUCUCUCUCCUGUUCAACCUAACCCCUCUCCUGCAGGCCUUUCCCCGGUCCCUUGAGACCUCAGCCAUGAGGAGUUGCUGUUUGUUUGACAACGAAACUCAAGUGGGGGCAGAGGGCAGAGGCUGGAGGCAGGGCCUUGCCCAGAGACGCCCCCACUACUGCAUAAGUGGCUGCUGACUGGUGUUGAGGGAACAGGCAAGGGAAAUGCAUCCAUUCCUCAGGGACAGAGACACCUGCACCUCCCCCUACUGCAGGCCCCCCAUGUCCCGAGCCUAGUGGGGUCUCCGUCUCCUGCUUACUCAUGAUAAUCGGCCCACAGCUCCCAACCCACCCGCUUCAGUGCCCACCGACAUCCCAUUGCCCUGGUUAUAUUCUCACGGGCAGUACCUGUGGUGAGGUGGGUUUUCUUCCCAUCACUGGAGCACCAGGCACGAACCCACCUGCUGAGAGACCCAAGGAGGAAAACAGACAAAAACAGCCUCACAGAAGAAUAGUGGAUGGUGGCCAUAGCUAUCCCUGUCACCAAGCCCCCAGUUUCUCACCCUGGAUCUAAGGGGUUGGUUGAGGUGGAGGCCCUCCUUUCACGGAUCCAUGUAGCAGGACUGAAUUGUCCCCAAUUUGCAGAAUAGCACCUGCCGUCCUCGUCCUCCCCCUGCCAGUGCCUUACCUCCUGCCCAGGAGAGCCAGCCCUCCCUGUCCUCCUCGGAUCACCGAGGGUAACCCAGAGCCUGCUCCCCCCACCCCCUCCCCACUUCCAGUCUGAAGCAGCAGUGAGCGGCGUCUUCUCCACCUGGCAGGGUGGGAUGGAGGAGAAGAACUUUCAGACCCCAGCGGCUGCGUCAUGAUCUCCCUGCCGCCUCGGUGUGGUUCCAAGGUCGCUGUUCACCCACGGGGCUAAGAGCUAGCGCUCCCGCACCCCAGAGUGUGGGAAGGGAGAGCGGGGCAGCCUCGGGUGGCUAGUCAGAGAGAGCGUUUGGGGGUUCCAUGAUGUAGAGUACCGUCCCUUCUAUUCUCACUCCACCACCCAGAAGUCAAAAGGAGCCUGUGAGGCCGGGGCGGAGUGAUACUUUGAGUGCAUGCUCUCCUCUGCAGCCGGCCCAGCCCCGCGGGUGGGAACCGUCUGUCCGUUUACUCCAGGGUGGGGUCCUUGUGAGAGUGAGCGUAGGUGUGCGGGACCAGUACGGAAAGGCGUUCUUCAAGGUGGAUCACGGAGGCUGCUUCAGAUCAGUGGUUGAGUUUGGGGAAUGCGACCGCAUUUCCUGUGUCUCCAGAAAUGUUAAAGUCAGUGGGAACGUGACCACCCAGCUCCCGGAAGCUGUGUCCUUCCACCUGUAUCCGUUGUUCCCUGAAAACCCAGGGAGGAGUCAGACUUCACACUGCAAGAGCCUCGGUGUCCACCUGGCCCCAUGUCUCUCAGAAUUCUUCAGGUGGAAAAACAUCUGAAAGCCGCGUUCCUUACUGCAGAAUAGCAUGUGUAUCUCUUAAUCUGUAAAUGUAUUAGAUAUGAGUUGUUUUCAGACUCAGACUCCAUUUGUAUUAUAUUCUAAUAUACAGGGGAGCAGGUACCACUGAUUUGGAGAUAUUUAUGGGGGGAGAACUUACAUUGUGAAACUUGUGUACAUUAAUUAUUGUUGCUGUUGUUGUUAUUCUACAAGGGUCUAGGGAGAGACUCUUGUUUGAUUUUAGCUGCGGAGCGUAUUGGUCCAGCUUGCUCUUCAGUAGGAGAAAACACUUGAAAGUUGCUAAAUGAGUCAAUCCCCUCAUUAAGGAAAACUGACAGAGGAGGGCGUGACUCACCCAAGCGUAUAUAACUAGUUAGAAGCGGGCCAGGACAGACCGGGCGCAGUGGCUCACGCCUGUAAUCCCAGCACUUUGGGAGGCCGAGGCGGGAGGAUCACCUGGGGUCUCGAGUUCGAGAGCAGCCUGACCAACAUGGAGAAACCCUGUCUCUAUUAAAAAUACAAAAAAAAAAAAAAAAAAAAAAAAAAAAACAAGCUGGGCGUGGUGGCACAUGCCUUUAAUCCCAGCUACUCGGGAGGCUGAGGCAGGAGAAUUGAACCCAGGAGGUGGAGCUUGCAGUAAGCCAAGAUCCUGCCGUUGCUCUCUAGCUCUGGGCAAUAAGAGCGAAAUUCUGUCUUUAAAAAAAAAAAAAAAAGAGUGGACUAGGACAGGACCAGACUUUGGAGUCAUGGUCUGGUGUCCUGUUCACUACACUAUGUUUGAGCUCAGACCCCACCAUAUUUGAGCUCAGACCCCCAUUCCCAUUCCCCAGGUGGCUGACCCAGUCCCUGGGGGAAGCCCUGGAUUUCAGACAGAGCAAGUCUGGAUCUGGGACCCCUUCCUUCCUUCCAUGGCUUGUAACUCCACCAACCCAUCAGAAGGAGAAGGAAGGAGACUCACCUCUGCCUCAUCGUGAAUCAGACCCUGCCCCACCACAACGUGGCCCAGGCCUGCUGGGGUCUCCGCCUCAGCCUUGUAUAAUGCUGUUGCCUCAUCUAUAACAUGCAUUUGUCUUUGUAAUGUCACCACUUUCCCAGCUCUCCCUCUGGCCCUGUCUUCUCCAGGGAACUCCUGGGAGUAUCAGUUACUCAGCCCUGGGCCCCACCACCUAGGCCACUCCUCCAAAGGAAGUCUAGGAGCUGGGAGGAAAAGAAAAGAGGGAAAAAUGAGUUUUCAUGGGGCUGAACUGGGAGAAAAGGUCAUCAUCGAUUCUAUUUUAGAAUGAAAGUGUGAAAAUAGACAUUUGUAAAUGUAAAACUUUUAAGGUAUAUCAUUAUAACUGAAGAAGGGUGUGCACCAAAAUGCAAGAUUUUCCACAAGAUUCCCAGAGACAGGAAAAUCCUCUAGCUGGCUAACUGGAAGCAUGUAGGAGAAUCGAAGUGAGGCCAACAGAGAAGGCAGGAAUGUGUGGCAGAUUUGGUGAAAGCUAGAGAUAUGGCAGUGAAAGGAUGUAAACAGUGCCUGCUGAAUGAUUUCCAAAGAGAAAAAAGUUUGCCCUGCAGUUUAUCAAGUCAACCAAUGUAGAAAGCUUUGCUUAUGGUAAUAAAAAUGGCUCAUACUUAUAUAGCACUUACUUUGUUGCAAGUACUGCUGUAAAUAAAUGCUUUAUGCAAACCAA